UUCGCUCUUUCUUCCAUAUAUCCGGAUAAUCACAUAAAUAAACAUGACUUGAAUAGUAAACCUGAAGCUCAGAGGGCGCAAUAUGCGCCAUCCCAAAGGAACCGGCGCUCCCCCACAGAACUUGAUCAAAAAUACGCAGCUCUAAAGUAUGCCAGGCAGAAGUACGCCAACACAAAUAAUACUAUUAAAAAAUGGGCUGAUCAAAAGAACACAGGCCAAGAAUGUGCUAGCGCACAAAUUUCUGCGGAAAGUGUGCAUAUCAAGAGAGUUCCAUCAAAUACGUUGGACAACUGUAUGGAACCGCAAAAUACAUGUUCAUACAAGGAAACGAAAAAUAUAAAAAAAGAAGAUGCUAGAACAAAUGUCGUGCAGAAGAGGAAGAAACAACCAUCAGCAUCAUGCCGUGUAGACGAAUCAAACGGGAGACAAGCGUCGUCCACCUUGCAUGACUCAGAGAAAGCAUUAUUGAUCAAACCGCAGAGGCCAGUAGAGACAACGUUAAAAAGUGCAGAAGAAACUUUGCUAGAUCAUAAAUUAAUAACAGAAUCCAAAUUAUUACAUAACGUAAAGAAAGUUUCCUUAGAUAAGGAACAAAUGAGAAAGGAAAAUGCCAUAAAUGUGCUAAGGAAAAACUUGGUAAGCAAUCCACCCAUAAGGAAAUUCAUGUUAAAGGAAUUAGAAGACACUCUUCUAGGAAAUGCACUGAACACAGGAUGUAUCCUGGAUGUAUUAAAUAAAAAUAAAUCUAAAGUAGGAGAGUGUGUGGUUGACGCGGCAAAGGAAGCAUUGGGUAGCUUUUCUGGGUUUACUUCUCUAUUAAGUUCUGUAUUCUCAGCUGCGAAAUGCACACUAAAUAAUGCGAUACAUACGACCGCUGUCGUCACAAACUCCGUAUUUCAGGGUGCUAAUAUAGCUUCCUCAUAUGGCACACUAUACGGUGUACUACAAGCAUUAUUCCCAUCCUUAAUAGCUGUUGGAGUCAUGACCCUUAUUUAUAUUAUAAUCUUAUACCUAAAUAACAAGGGUAAGUUAGAAUGGUUCCAUGUAUAUAAAAGGAGGUUCAUAAAGAAUAUAAAGAAGAAAUAUAAUGAAUUCAGGAUGUCCAGGAGAAAAAAAAAAAAAAAAAAAAAAGUAGUGAAUAAAUUAUAUAUCUAA